AUGUCAUCGCAGAUGGGCAAGGAUGGGGCCUUCCAGGCUCCCCAGGCGAAGCAGGCUCAGAGCAAACCGGGUCUGGAGAAGGAGAUGGCGCCGUCCAGUGAGUCCACUAAGCUAGAAGGUAGCCAGGGAUUCGUCGAAUACACGGGCUCCAACAAGCUCAAGGACAAGAAGAUUCUGAUCACGGGUGGAGACUCCGGAAUCGGUCGGUCAGUCGCUGCGUUGAUGGCUCGCGAAGGGGCCGACAUCACCAUCGUAUACCUGCCCGAGGAACAGGAAGACGCGGAACACACCAAGAAAUUGGUCGAGAAGGAGGGGCGCAGUUGUCUCCUGAUUCCGGGCGACUUGCGCAAGAACGAAACGUGUCAGAAGGCCGUGGAGGAACAUGUGAAUAAGUUCAAGCACAUCAACGUCCUCGUGAACAACGCAUCGAAGCAGUACAUGUGCAAGGAUCUGGCCGAGAUUGAUCUCGAUAAGGUCGAGGACACCUUCCGCACCAAUAUUCUGCAGAUGAUUGCCAUCACCAAAUACGCGCUCCCACAUAUGUCCAAGGGAGAUUCGAUUAUCAAUAACACAUCCGUCACCACCUUCCGCGGCUCCGGCACGAUGGUCGAUUACGCAUCCACCAAGGGGGCGAUUGUGGGCUUCACCCGGUCCCUCGCCUUACAGCUUAUGCCUAAGGGUAUCCGGGUAAACGCGGUCGCACCUGGUUCCGUGUAUACCCCCAUCCAAAUCGAUACCAGAGAUGCCGAGUCCAUGGAGGGAUGGGCGUCCGGCAAGCCGCUGGGCCGUCCGGGACAGCCCUCUGAGGUGGCAACGAGUUUCGUGUUCUUGGCUAGCAAGGACGCGUCUUUCUAUUCGGGACAAGUUCUGCAUUGUUACCCUCUCGGAGAGUAG